AUGCCAGUAAGAAGGUGUAUCACUAGUGCCACUGAGGACUGGAUGCGUGCUCUCACCAUUCCUGUCAUGCCUGUUCCAUCAAGUUUUGAGACUGUGCAGUGUUUGAUAGUGUCUCAAUGCUUCCGUAUCAAUCUCUCGGCUUGGGUGUCUUCCUAUAUGCAUAGUACAGCCUUCUCCGCUCGUCAUGAUGAGCCUGAUCAUCUCCCCACUGAAACAAUGCUGAAAGACCUCUCAAAUAAUAUCACCAAGAACGGAGACUAUCCUGUUGCUCGUGGCGGGUUCAAGCAGAUCUGGCAAUGCACCUUUCACAUCGAUCGCAUAUUGGUCAAAGUCGCAGUGAAAUCAUUGCACAUGUGGGCUAAUGAUGAUCAAGUUGGGCCAGCAAACACGAAAAAGAUCAAGGCGAGUGUCUUACUGAAGGACUGA